AUGAUUUCCUAUCUAUGGACUGAGAAUUCGGACGCUAUUACUAUCAGGACCAGAAAGGUCAUCAGCAACCCAUUGUUGAAGAGAAGACAGUUUGUUAUCGAUGUUAUCCAUCCAUCCAAGGCAAAUGUUCCAAAGACUGAGUUGGAGGAGAAGUUGGCUGACUUGUACAAGACGGAGAAAGAUUGCAUCUCUGUUUUCGGAUUCAGAACCCAGUACGGUGGAGGUAAAUCAACCGGUUUCGGAUUGGUUUACGACAGUGUUGCCGACGCUAAGAAGUUUGAGCCUCAUUACAGAUUGGUGAGAGCUGGUCUUGCCAACAAGAUUGAGAAGCCAUCUAGACAACAGAGAAAGCAGAAGAAGAACAGAAACAAGAAGGUCUUCGGUACUCAGAGAAGAUAUGCUGCUAAGAAGGCUAAGAGAGCUCAGGAGUAA